AUGCAGCCUCCACUUUCGCUGCUAUCAGUGGUGAAUCAGAUUUUUGGAACGCUCAUCAUUAAUCUCAUCGCCCUUGCCCAUGGCAUCACGCUGGGAUGGGUAUCGCCAUCGCUGGAGUAUUUGAGUUCGAACGAAACACAUCUCGUCGGAGGCCCAAUGACAGUGGAAGAAACUUCCUGGUUGGGCGCUUCCCUCUGCAUCGGUGGCAUGAUCGGGGUGACACUGUACGGAUAUCUCGCCGAUCUAAUAGGCAAACGAAGAGCUAUGCAAAUCAUCGCGAUUCCUCACGUGGCAUUCUGGCUGUGUAUCAUCUUCGGAAAUAGUGUCCUACAGCUCUGCAUUGGACGAGUGUUGGCUGGCAUUGCCGGUGGCGGCAUUCUGCGUAUCGUACCUCUCUUUGUGGCUGACAUUGCCGAUCCACGCAUACGGGGCAUGCUCGGUUCGCUGCUGCCCGUGUGCCUUAACCUCGGCACCGUGCUAGCAUUCAUCCUUGGUAGCUUUGUGUCGUUUAGAACGCUUCCUCUGAUCGUGCUCGUACUACCGGCACUCUUCACCCUCGCCAUCGCCUUUCUACCAGAAACACCACCCUGCUUAUUGCGUGCAUAUCGAACUGAAAAGGCCGAACAGUCGCUCAUGUUUUACCGGGGCGUUCGAGGACAUUUUGCAAAGUCGGAAUGUUUCCGGCACGAAUUCCAGCAGCUGAAGGAUGGGAUCGAGCUCGAAACGACGGCUUCGGACGCUACUCUGUCGUGGAAAGAUUUCACCACGAAACCAGCCCGCCAGGGUUUACUGAUGGGGAUGUUUCUAAUGCUGCUCAAUCAGUCCAGUGGCUCGAUGGCUCUCAUCACCUACGCCAGCAGUAUUUUCGAGCUGGCUAAUCCACCGUCGGCCACCACUGUCGGUGUCCUUCCCGCAUCCAUUUCCUCGAUCGUGCUGGCCACGAUACAACUCCUCGGAACUAUCAUCUCACUGGCGCUGGUCGAUCGAGUUGGACGCAAGCUUCUGUUGAUCGUGUCCUGUCUUGGUAUGACCGUCGGAUACCUCACCCUAGCCGGCUAUGUGCACUUCCUACUCCCAACCGGCUCCGACCCGUCGGACAGCGUAGUUUCUGACACAGUUCCGAGCAUUACCAGCCGACUGUUGCCCAUCUGUAGCCUUUCGUUCAGUAUCCUGCUAGCUUCAAUCGGACUGCUGACCGUCCCGUUCAUCGUCAUGGCCGAGGUUUUGCCGUCGAAGAUAAGAAAUAUUGGCAGCACAAUCUGCACGACGAUCGUUGCUUUAUCCGCGUUCGCGGUGCUGAAGGUAUUUCCUGUCCUACUCGAUACGAUUGGACUGGCGGGUACGAUGGCAGGUGUUGCGGUGGUGUGUUUAGUCGGUGCAACGGUGGUCAUACUGUUUCUACCCGAAACGCACGGCAAGUCACUGGUGCCGAUAGCCGCAGAAGUGGAGCAAAACUCGGAAAGAAAUAGAACGGAGGGAGUCUAAACGCACAGCGCGAGGCACUCCAUUAAUUUGAAUACUGUUUGUACUUUUGGCACAUAUCCAAAUGAAACCGUAGGCACACAAACGAUAACACAAAACUUAUCAGAAACCGAAAGUACAAAUAAUAACAAACAAGUUUGAA